AUGGCUGAGGUGGUUCUAAACCGCUCGUUGUUCAUUUGUAAUGAUGAGGAUGCAACCUGGAUUCUUCUAGAUCAAGUGAAAUUCUCCCUCUCCUCAAGAGUCGCAACCUGCUAUCCUUCGUCAACGGUGCCUCCGUCGCUCCUUCUCCUUUUUCUUAAAGAUGACAAGGGCAAGCUUACUGAUGCUAUUAAUCCUGCCUAUGAUACUUGGAUUCAACAAGACCAAUUGGUUUUGUCCUGGAUUAAUGGUUCUCUUAGUUCUACGGUUCUCGCCACCGUCACUCGUUUUACUUGGGUGACUCUUGAAAACCGUUUCGCCUCUCCGAAUCAAAAUCGGAUUUUGCAGCUUCGUAGUGAACUCUUCCGUACUGCUCGUGGUGAUUCCUCUAUUGCUGAUUACUUGGACAAGGUCAAUGCUAUUGUCGACAACCUCGCGUUAUUUGGUUCUCCUCUUCCUGACUCCGAUCUUCUUGCUGUCAUUACGAAUAAUGUUGGGCCCUUAUAUGAGUCUACUGUUGCGUCUGCUCAAGCCCGUGAAACCCCUGUUACCUAUGCUGAUCUUGAGGCUCUUUUGCUUUUUGCUGAACAAUGCCAUCUUGCGCUCUAUGCUCCUGCCCGUGAUGGUCCUGCUACUACGAUGGUUGUUGCCCAUGGUCGUGCUCCUUCUCGUGGUCGCGGUCGCGAUAGUGGCCGCUUUUCUUUCUGUGGCGAACAUUCUGGUAGUUCUGCCCCGUGGUCUGGUUCUUCCUCUGCUAUUGGACAUCUUGGGUUUCGCGGCUCUUCCUCCUCUCAUGGUUCUAGUCGUGCUUCUUUUUCUUCUCCUGGUGGCUCCUCUUCUCAACCUGGUGUUUUGGGUCCUUCUUCUGCGGCUGCUGCUGGUUUUUUCUCAUCUUCUGCUUCCUUUUUUGGUUCACGUAUUCGGUGCCAAAUUUGUGGACGUUGUGGGCAUUCUACUUUGGAUUGCUACAAUCGUCUCAACUUGUGGUAUGAAGGUCAGGUACCUUCUCAACGCCUUACUGCCAUGACUGCUCAAAAAUCCUCGUAUACUCGUCCUCCUAAUUGGGUUAUGGAUAUUGGGGCCAACUCUCAUAUCACCAAUGAUCUGGGUAACUAG